AUGACCCUUGGCAUGACACAAACCAACUGGUGGACGACAAGCGAUGUAUCCACAUUUAUCUCCUCGGGUUUGGAAACAGCUUCAGAGGUCUCACCGACAGCCUCUCCAGACACCCAGGUAUCGGAAACGGGAUCCUCUUUAUACUACUCAGGAUCAUAUGCUUCGGGAAGCAGUGCUGGUGUCAGUACUACGGUAUUCACAAGCCCCUUUCCCGUCACGACUAUCACGAAUUCGGCAACAAUAUUCACGUCCUACUCAGACCUCAUUGGUACAAAAACCUUUACGAACUCAUUCAACAUGUCUCUCCCGUCUGAUACUGCUCUUUCCGAUGAAGCAACCCCGUCAGUACAAUUCGCCGCGUCGUCGCAGAUAAAUCCAACAUGUGUAGGAAAUGGAUUGGACGCCGCAGCAGACGGGUUGUUAGCAUCUUUGGUAAUACCAAGCGCAAUCGGUCUCAUAAUAUGGUUGAUAUUCGCAGCCUUACGACCGCGUUUUAGAAAAGUUUACGGGCUCAGAGAGUGGUUCGUACACCAGGAUAUUCGUCCGAAACCACUAAGCGACUCGAUCUUCGCCUUCCUAUUCCCCCCUGUUCCUCUGGUCCCCUCAAUCCCCUCCAAUGUUUCCGAUGCAGGAAAAUCUAUACGAACAGACGCUGCUCUUUUCCCUUCCGAUGAUCAACUUAGCCAGCGCACGCUGUGGACAUGCUUUCUUAUAUGUUUGGGUUGGACAUUCCUCGGCCUCGCAGGGGCAUUGCCCUUGUAUCUUGUGUCUACCCCUUGCCAUUCCGAAUUACCUUCUCCAUCACUUUACGGGGGUGGAUACAACAUGCUGCAAGAUCUCAGUCUGUCACGUCUACUGCGACUAUUAGACACCGGAAACAUAAGCACAGCUAACCUUGCCAUCAUGCUGAAGCGUGCAGACGCAACAGAUAGCCAAAACUUCCGGAUCAGAAUCAUUGUACUGACGGCCUUGACGUUGGUACUCGCUCUCCUUCCUGCGCUUUGGAAGAUUCUGCGCGAGUUCAAUCGCCUCGUAGCAUAUCGGGAGAGGUGGCUGGAUAUAAUGUGUGAGGGGAAGGACAUUGGCUGGUUGAGCGCGAGAUACGCCCCUGGGUUUGUAGGCUGGGGGGAACAAAGGCUGAAAGAUUUCAUAUUGAAAGCAGGAUUGAGUUUGUCCUUUGACCACAACUCCUCCAGGGAUCGUAACGCGACUAGGACUCGUAGUUCAGGCAGAAGAGGAAGAAGCGGGGAGACUGAGCCUCUGAAUGCAGAUCAUGACGGGCGUCCGGAAGUGGAUAUUGAGACACUAUUCUCUAUCUCUAACACAGAGCAACUUGCAGACCUAAUCCUAAGGCGAGAGGAAAUCCUAGGGAAUCUGGAAAUUGCGGAAACACAAUAUAUAACGUGCUUCCGCCUAACCACCCCUGACCCCUCACUUGCUGACUGGGUUCCACCUUCGGCUGAGGAUCUAACUCGGCCUCAUAUCAGCCGUCCACGACCGUUGCUCGGUUCGCGCCGACGAAACCCCGCCUUUGCAGCCUCCUCACUUGCGCCUACGUCCUUCGUAGCACCGUCUACUUACUACAAAAUUCGGGGUGUCCACGGCAUCAGCGGAGGUCGAUUUUCAGACAUCAAGGAAGAUCAUGCAACAUUUGCUGAUUCCAUUACUUCCCCAAUCAUUGGUGAUCGCUUCCAGGAAGAUAAUCGACGGUCUCAGGGAUCGAGCUUCUUUGGUUUGGGUAACUACUUCCGCGCUAAUAGGUCAGACGAACUGGGAAUGAUACGGUCUCGUGAUGAACUGUCAAUGUUAACCCCUAUUCCUCCGCCUCCUGAUCCGCGAAAGUACGGUCCUAAUUGGCUCGAUUCCUCGGAUGUUACAGGCUCAUAUGACGUUGACAAACCUUUGCCUCCAGUGGAAGAAGAAUGGGUAGACGUUCUUCAAGAGCAGCCGGGAAAGUAUAUAGCAAGCGAACCCAAUGGAAAUCCUGCUGCCGGCCCAUCGUCCUCUAGGCAACGUCCCAAGCGAGAGCAGCCUGUUUCUGCUGGAAAACGCGAAACCUUUCCGUUUAGGAAAAAGGACACUCACGAGAAGCAAGAUAUUCCACCUCCUCAUCUGCGAAUUCAACCCUCAGGACCCUUUGUACGACCCCAGGAUGGGGUCGAUUUUGACUAUUUGGGCGACAUCUAUAGGGAUAUCACCGAAUGGCGCACAAAACUGAAGGAUAUUAACACCCAAAUUUCUAAUGCCCAAUUUACGUGCUACAAAGAUAUUGCCGAAGGUGCUCGAAUGAAAGGUUGGCUCAUGGUGGGAAGGGGUUUGCGGCAUAUACCAGGAAUUCAGAUUAUUGAAGGUAGGGCGAAGGAAGAUGUACGAUGGGACGUUCUGCAAAACGAAAGGACCAGUUUGGAUACCUGGGUGAUGACCGCCACGAUAAUCAUUGCUGUGAUUCUGCUAGCAGCCGGAUUGACUGCAGCUUCAGGACUGGCUCUUUCUAAUGCACCCGACUUUGCUCACUACAUUACCUUCCUACAGCCGGUCACGACUGCCGGCACUCUUCCUUCUGGUAUUGUGACUGUAUGGGUUCCCGCUGUUAUAGCUACAGUCUUCAUAUCCCUUACUCUAGCCCUCGUCCACUGGGUUUCCAAUGUUCGAGGGACAGUUUCAUACUCGGGCGGACAGCUCAUGACAUUCAAGAUCACCUUCUACGUUCUUGUCUCUGUAGCAGUUAUAUGGAUCCUCACCAUUGGCGCAUUGCUCUUCGCGCUACACGCAUUUAGCGGUGACUUGGAUAAGGCGACCACAGUUGCAAAGGGCUCCGUGUAUAUGACUGUAUUUGCACUUUCUAUUGUUUUGCAGAUCGCUAUCAUCUUCCCUGGUCUUCUUCUGCUGCAACCGCUGCGCUUAUGGAGCGUCAUCCGCAAUGAAAGGUAUGCUAUUACUCCCCGACAACAUUUUAGAGCUAUGUAUCCGAAACCCUAUGAUGCCACCUUCGCUACAGGCGCAUGUAUCCUGGGAAUUAUAUUUGCCUCAACGUUUUCCCUGAUAUUCCCGCUCAUCGGACCUGCUGUUGUAAUUCUGUUGUUCUUGACGCUGAUUGCGCAUCGCUUCCUUGUUGGUUAUGUUUAUGGCCGCACGCUCUCCCAAACUGGCGGCCUGAUACAAAUAUGGCUUCUUUGCCGCGUUGGUACUUUGCUGGCGUUUCAACCUAUUCUCCUAGGUCUCAUUUUCCUUGCUAAUGAGAUCUGGAUUGAGGGGGGCGUUUUGAUCGGAACUGGGGUAAUAGUCAUACUUUUCGUGGAAGCCUACACGAGCUGGCGGACGCGGCAACCGGGAAGGCGAUCUCUGAGUAUCGUCACCCAGAAUUCGCUGGAUACCUUUAUUUCUCGCGCCUCCCAAACAAGACGCUUGGUUGUGGAUGAAGAAGAAUCGAGUCAGAAGAGCGGUAGUGGGGUACGUCGAACAAGAAGUUCGAUGGCAUCCGUAUUGGAGAUGAUGAGCGUGACCCUCGCUGUCAUGCCAUCGUCUUCCACCACAAGAGGGUCUGUUCCUUUGCAAACGGAGAACUUGAAUGACCUCACGGCCACGGAGCGUGCUGCUAGAACACACCCGGAAGCUCCUCCGCGCCUUCCUCCUUUAUCGUUUUCUGAUCACGAGGAGGAUACAGCGGGAAUACUAUAUGCUCCCGAGCUGAUUGCUCCACCGCCGAUAAUUUGGCUUCCGAACGAUUCAGCCGGCGUGGCACGCUCGGAGGCUGUAGACUUGCAAAAAUAUCACGACUUACGGGUUACUCUUGAUGUUCGAGUGACAGACGAUGUUAUGCUCCAACGACCGACACCAUCAGGAGUUCGAGGACAAUGGUGA